AUGAAAUGCUUGGAGGACGAGAAGCAGCAGCUGUCCACACUCAAUGGGCUGAUAUGUGCCAAACACAACACGGGGAUUUCGAAUCCGGUGGGUUUCAAAUCCAGUGGUUCUGAAUACAGGGGUACCAAAUCCACGCUCCCAAACAAGGCUUGGGUUACAAGUUUUAUUCGUUCUCCUUGUGAAACCGAGUUACGCGAUUUGCGCGCAUCCAAACAGCCCCUGGCAUCUGUUUUUAACAUUUCCUUUUCUUCGUUUCUGUCAUGCAUUAAUGGAACCGAAGCUGAAUCAGAUAAAAGAAAUCGGAAUGAUGAGAUCGACGGUUCGACGUGGCACUGCCUCAAAUAUUACCCCUUCUCCAACUCUCUUCAUCAAUCCCUUGAAAAACAAGAAAUCACUGACGAACCGCUUUCGAGCCCUUUCUCAGAGGUGGAAUUUUAUUCAAAUUCAAGGGCUAUCAAAGAGUCAGAAUCCUGCCAAGCGGUUCUCGGUUCACGUUGUCAAAGAGCUAUCGUGGCGGUGAAUGCAGACAUAGUUGAUAUUGACCUGGUUUUGGAAGGACAACGCCUCAAUAUUCCUCCUAGUGCCAAAGAAGCUCAGAUGGAUUCUGCCUCGACAAAUCAAUUAGAUCAUUGCAAUAUCCAUGAAAGAUGCCAAAGUUCCUCGAGUAUCUUAGGAGCACAUGAAAAUCAAAGAAUUUUCACCUUGUUAUCCUCUCAGCACAUACAGCUUGCCAAACCCACUGGUUAUUUUCUAGUUCUGGUUCCUCUUAUUGCAUUUUGCAUCAGAUGCAUAAUUGGUACCUUUCACCAUAGACUCCCCAAGCAAUUGAAACAUCAAGCAGUCAACGAAUCCAAGGGUCAUCAUCAAAGAUCAAGAAGCGAGCGCUGGAAAUCUGUUCUCAUAAGGGAAUCAGAUGUUGCCGAUGCUGAGUCAAGGCAAGAUCUUGUUAAUCCUUCUGAUGAUCAAUCACAAGUUCCUUUUGAAGACAUCUCUCGUGCCUAUACCAAGCUUGAACCUGCUUACCUUAAAUUCUUAUCGGAAUGUGGAAUGAGUAAAUGGGGUUACUGGCGUGGAGGUUCCCUUGAAUAAAGCAUGGUGCAGGCAAUGUUGGACAGAACCUUCAAACUAUUAACCUAGUGGAGUUUCAUUCUCCGUGCCCGCUACGGUCAUUUCGGUGAAAACAAAGGCUGACCUGCUUAAUGGGAUGAUGGUAACCCCACAGCUUGAGCUCUCUACAGCGCCAUGGUAUUGAGAAGAAAAUAUUUUGUAACCCACCAAGAAAUCAGGUAUUUUCAAAUUUGUUUGCAUUGUAUGUAGUUCUGGUUCAAUUACUGAUCUUUGGAUGAACAUCAUUCCAUUUCUCAAAAUAUUAGUGAGGAAGGGACCCGCAGUGUGCAUAGGGAUGACUUCAUUUUGUUUAAAAAUGUGAAUAUUACUACGCCUAGAGUGGGAUGAUACAAUCAGACAUCAAUUAGACCA